GACGGAAGGAUCACAUUCAGAUCCCACAGCAAUCUGUGCAGCUUGCCUUGGGCUCUGAGUUGGAUCCUUGCACUCUCACCAUGAGCUGUGCCGUCAGGCAAGUCGUGACUACCUGUUCACAAGGCAGGAAUAGCACAGGCAGCUCUGCGGCUGGUGGGGGAAUAAAGGUCUCCUCCGCCUCCUCGGGAAGACACGCUGCCUACGACUUCGGUGGUGCGGUUGGCAAUUUUUCUGGUGGCAGCUUAAGCGAGGGAUUCCUUGGGAAGCAGCUGAGUACUGGCAGCGCUACUGGUGGGAGCUUUGGAGCUACCCAAAGGGGUUGUUCUACACUUGGAUUCAACGGUGGAGGCAUCUGCACGCGAGGUGUUGGUGGUUUCACCAGGGCUGGUUGCAGUGAUGGGAUCUUAUUCGCUAACAAUGAAAAGGCGACGAUGCAGAACCUCAACGACCGCCUGGCCUCCUACCUGGACAAAGUGCGGCUCCUGGAGAGUGACAACGCCGACCUCGAGUGCAAGAUCAGAGAGUGGUACGCCAAGGUAGGGCCCAGCUGCGAACCACGGGACUACAGCUGCUUCCAUAAGGAAAUUGAAGACCUUCAAAACCAGAUCCUGUGUGCAGCCAUGGAGGCUAACAAAAUCCUUCUGAACAUUGAUAACAACAGGAUGACUGCUGAUGACUUCAGAGUGAAGUACGAGACUGAAUGUGGUCUCCGGCAAAACGUGGAUGCAGACAUCUGCAACUUGCGCCCCGUCCUGGAUCAGCUGGCCAGCUGCAAGACCGACCUGCAGCUGCAGUGUGAGGCUUUGACUGAAGAGAUGUGCUGCCUCAAGACCAACCACGAGGAGGAAAUGAGCUGUCUGAGGAAACAGGCGACUGGAGAUGUGAGCGUGGAGGUCAACGCCUGCCCCGGCCCAGACCUCAGAAAGAUCCUGGAGGAUCUGAGGUGCCAGUAUGAAAUGCUGAUGGAGCGCAACCGCAAAGAGACCGAACAGUGGUAUGCCUGCAAGAUGGAGGAGGUGAAUCUGGAGGUCAUCACAAGCAGCCAGGAGAUCGAGUCAAGCAACAAACAGGUCACUGAGCUGAAACGUCAGCUGCAGGCCUUGGAAAUCAAUGUACAAGCCCAGCUCACUAUGAAAGAAAACCUGGAAUCCUCUUUGGCGGAAACCGAGUGUCGCUACAACAAAUACCUGGCUGAGCUGCAGAGCCAGAUCUCCUGCGUGGAGCAGCGGCUGGCUGAAAUCCGAGCAGAAAUGGAGUGCCAGAACCAGGAAUACAAGACCCUCCUGGAUGUCAAAUGCCGCCUGGAGCAGGAGAUUCAAACCUACCACUGCCUGCUGGAGGGGGGACAGCACGACAUCAUAGGGCCAGUGGGAAGAGGAGUCCCUGCGGCGCCGGCCGGAAGAAGCGGUGGGCUUAAAGCUGGUCUGUGUCAGCCGUGCCUGCCCUAAACGUGGGCGCUCUGGCAGGGCUCUGCGGAGAAGAGAGCUUCCCUGCCUGCCCCACUGCACAUGCCCUCAAGGAGGUCUCUUGAAGAACAAACCCUAUGGAAAAAAACCAAAGCAAAACCAGCCUGACAGUUCCCAGUUCUGCUUACGGCACUGGUCUCUGCAGGGUGGCUGCCUCCCACCACCCACGCCGCCUGCUGCCUUCAUUAUCUAAUGCUGCUUCAAUCCAGGCACUGGGCUUUACCCGGGCAAAGCCGUUCUGCUGUCAGUCCUAUAUCACCGAAGCUUAUCUCUAAUAAAACUUUCCUGCCACCUC